AUGAUAGACACCAGCAUCAGCAUCGAGAGAACCUUCACGGAAGCGGAUCCGAUAUUCCUCGAUCUUGCAGCCCUUCUCUCGGAAUCCAGCCGACCAGCAGCCGCCCUCACAGCGAGCCUGUGGCUGAUCCCAUGCGACUGGCACGCUGAACACUCCCACCCAUCUUCAACUCUCGCUCCAAGUGGCAAGGGUAACUUGGUUACUCUUGUCUCAACCUUAUCCCGUCCCUUAUGUACUUCUCUGUAUACCUCCUGGCCGUCCAUAAAGCCAGCCGUCCGGCCUCUCUCUCGUUCUGCCAAUCCGCAUAUCGUCCUCCGCGGACUCAUCGUAUCAACUUGCUGCUUUCUCGCCCUUCUGGCUGUCUGGCUGUCGGAUCAAGGCUCUGCGCGCCGUCUGUGUGACACCAACCACCUGAGUCUGCCUGGAGAAAUACCAGAAUCGUCAACUCUCGACAAUCAGGAAACAGACGCCCGGCCGCCUCUUCUUAUAAACCCGCGAACUCUUUCGGCUGUCUGCCUGCACCAGCGUCCUUCGACUUUUUUUUCUUUCUUUGACCGUCUUCAGCUUGUUCGACUUCGGCGACCUCGUCGACUUAGUUCUUUUUCUGCCGGCUUUAACCCUUUUCGGCUCCACCGCCUUCAGCGACCUUUUUCUCAACUUCGCAACUUCGACGUCGCGAUAGAAACGACACAGACAGACGAGACGGCGAGACGACAUAGACUGCGACGCCGGGGAUACAGGAUACAGCGGCUACACGGGAGGAUACAGGAAGAAGAGAAGAAGAAGAAGAAGAAGAAGACGACGAGCGAGCUGGAGACACACCUGCAGCGGGAUAGACAAGGAAUGGGCGAUAUCUCUGCUACGAUGAUCAAGAGCGAGCCUGACGAGCCCAACAACCCCCAUCAGUUCAUGAUGUCGCCUUCUGCCUACGGGAUCCCGACGCCGUCCUACGGCAACCAGUUUGGUGGCUCAGGCACAGGCACAGGCACAGGAGCCGGAGCCAACGGAAGCGAGGGAAUCGAUCCGUCAGAGCUCACCAUGCAACAAAACGGCUUCGUCUCCCACCACCAUCCGUUCGGCUCCCAAAAUCUGUCCUCUAGUUUCACUCUCGGCAACGCUGGAAUCGACACCGACGAGCUACUCGACCUCGAAAUCAACGGCCAGAACCUCUCAAGAGACGAUGGCCUCGACCAGCGCCAGCCUACCGCCAUCUCCAUGAGCCAUCAGGGCCAGAUGUCCCAUAUCUACUCCAGCACACCUGACGGUGCUCCCAUACAGUCACCUUUCCUACGCUCUUCCUUCAACUACGACCAGUUCCGCCAGGUGCAGCAUACACCACAAGCGACCUCGCCACACAUGAACGCCAUGAACGUCCACUUUGACCAAAACUACUCUGUCGCAGGUAAGGCUGCCCGCAACUCCUUUCAGGGUGACGCGAGAAGCCCCGUCACUCCCAAGACUCCCGGCAUCGGCAUCGGUGGGCUUAAUAUAAAUACUCCAGACUCAGGCAGCUAUUCCUCGCAGCCCAUCCGUGCCGUUAGUCUACAAUCUCAGCAUCAGAAGAGCAUGUCCGGGCAGUGGAACGGCACUCCCGGUAGCGCUCAAUCACUUAUGGAGUCCCCGAUCUCUUCACCCGGUGGACACCACGCUUCCCACCAUGCCAACAUCCACGAGAUGCUCAAGUCCGCUAAACAUGCUUCCCUGCCGGCCAAAGUUGACUCCCUCCACGGUCACCACCACUCGUCUUCCUCCCAGUCACUCGAGUCCCAAGAAGCCAAGCGCCGUCGACGUCGUGCCUCACAUAACAUGGUCGAGCGCCGACGAAGAGACAACAUCAACGAACGCAUCCAGGAUCUUUCUCAUCUUGUACCUCAACACCGUCUCGAAGAUGAAAAGAUCCGCAAGCAGUUAGUCAACAACUCCGCUCUCUCCACUUCCUCAGGCGCCAACGCUUCCUCCCCUCCAAACCACAACCCUGCCACAUCCCUGCUCGCCGGUCCCUCCGCCCGGCGCGCCACCGCAGGUAACAUCACUAUGGGCCUGCCCAUCGAGGAGAAGGAGAAAGGCCCCAAUAAGGGCGACAUCCUCAACGGUGCCGUCGGCUGGACUCGUGACCUCAUGUGGGCUCUACAUCGCAAGCUCGAACAGGAGGACCAACUCGCGGAGUACAUUGCCUCACUUGGUGGUCAGUGGCCCUUUGAGCAAACCGAAGAAGAUCGCCGGAUGAGAACAGAGGUUUUCGAUGCCAUGGAGGCAAACGACGGUGUCAACUUCUCUUAUUCUCGUGGAGUCGGAAGCGGGCUCCGCGUCCCGAAACAUACAACAAUCUCAGGCGAAUCGCUUCCUCAGUCAAACAGCCCCUCGCAAGACCAAUCACAACCGCAAACUCAACCGCAAACCCAAUCCCAGACCCAAACAUCGGGCAACAGUCCCGGUUUCAACAGCUCUCAGUUCUGGAAUAGCUCAGGACAUAUCGGCCUAAGCGUCAAGGAAGAAGACGAAUAUGCAAUGGAAAUAUGA